GCCUCAGGCGAUGUCUGUGUGGAGUUUGCACGUUUGUUUCCUCCGGGUGCUCCAGUUUCCUCCCACAGCAAUAUGGUCGUAAUGUGGGCAAAAUGGAAUUAGCGUAGAUGGGCAAAGAGCCGGCACCUCUCCCACCAGAGCCCCCCCACCCCGCCACCGAAUGUGUUUACACUGAAUGAAAAGCACAAUAGCAGUCCACUGUUGCAUUAUUCCACAGCAGGACCAAAGGGAAGAAUGUUUCGGUGCAGUGCUGACUGCUGCGACAAUGGUAAUUCCUCCAUGGAAGAAGUUCAUCAAUGUAUUGAGCGAUGCCACACUCCUCUUGCCAAGGCACAGGCUGCUGUCACCGGAGAGCUUGAGAGGUUCCAGAAUCGUCUGCAACGCUGCAUGAUGGACUGCAAUGACAGAGCAAAGGAUGCCCUUGAUGCAGGAGCGAAAGAGCAGGAUGUCAAGCAGAAGGCUGAAUCCUGUGUCAGUAAAUGUGUGGAUGAUCAUGCUGUCCUAAUCCCAAGCAUGACGAAGACUUUGAAGGAAUCAUUAACGUCCAUAGCAAAAUAAAGCUGCACCUCACCCAUAAAGUUUAAUUUUUGGUUAAGGAGCAGAUGCUGCACCGAAGCAGGGACGUCACGAUGAACCAAAGAUUCCACUGCAGUCCACUCAAGCGAAACGUGGCCCAGAGGCUCCAGUCCACACACAACUGCGGACUGCAGUCUUUAGAGCAAAGGCAAUGAGAAUUGAUGGCAGGGUAACCUCAGCUGUUGCUUGGAGGUCGGUGGCAAAGGUUAACAGUUUUCUAGGUACUGGGGCCCUAUGACCUUUCGGUUCAGAGUCUGCGCAAUACAUUUCACAACAUGCUCUACUCUCUCUCGUUGUUGCACAGUGAAAAUCACUCUGGGGUGUUAGCCUAAAAUUUAAUCACUUGAACUGUAUUCUUCCUCUAGGCACUGACUCUUUCUGGGACACAAGCACAGUACCACGUUGCAGCUUUGCUUAGCUGACCAUCCACUGUUUUGAAUAUGCAUUGCAACCAACGCCUGAUCACUCAGUAUUUAAUCGGGUGGUGAGCAGAAUCUGCAACCUUGGCUUAAACCUCCCCCUUCCCCUUUCCUAUUUCCCCUUCUAGCUCCCCCUUUUCCCCCUCCUGAGUGUAUACAAACUUGACACUACAUGUGUCCCCCUAAUAGAGCAAGGAAUCUUAGUUCAAAGUUAUCAGUAAAUGGAGUCUGACAAGAAACUAUAGUUGUAAUAAUAUAAAGAUUGCUGGAGAUACCCAGCAGGCAUCUAUAAAUGUAGUUUUAGGAAUUUGCUUAAUAGCCUGGUGGAUAUUUCAGCUGCAUUUUUAAUAAGUUAACAAAUGAAAUUGGAAAUUUCCCGCAGUUCUGACAGCUUUGAAAUGAUGCAGUUAAUAAUAAAAUCACUGAAGUUGUAUUACCGCAUUAAGUGCACAAAUACUCAUUUUACCUGCAGCCUAUUGCUCUUUCACACAUCAAUUAGUUACUCAAUGUAGUGUGCACAGGAAGUAUCAUAAAGGUGAUACGAUGCUCCUGCAACGCCUGACUCAAAUGUCACGUAAACGCUGCUAUGCCAAUAAUGUUUCCUGCAAGAUAUCACACACAGUAGUAGACAGGAAAUUGCACUGCAUUUAGUAAAUAAUAGACACCUGCCUUUGUCGUGUUCCGGUUGUUCUUAGCCGGGUCCUUUCUCCAGCCUGAGUUGCACAGUUUGUCCCUGUCAUUGCUCCAGCAGGUUCUGCUUGCUUCCCAAUGUUUUCUGAUUCAUCCAUUCACUGUUUUCAAAUCAGAAAACAUUGGCUGAAACCCAUUUCAAUGAUGGUUAAUGCCAGCAUGAGAAGGAGACUGGUGCUGGGUUGCAGGAAGGCUGUCCAGCAUUGAACAGUGUUACAGGAGAGGCAGUAUCUGUGUCCUCACUUCACCUUUUCUGUGCCCCCAAUGCAUGAAGCUGCAGGUGUGUGUGAGACAGAGGCACUCAAGCUUUAAGGAGUUCCCCUCCAUCUGUAAUGUUUGAAUCCCAGAAUUAUUUGUAUAUACAGUAAAACUCCAAUAAUCAGUGCCAGAUUAGCAGAUUCUCAGGGCUAUUGGAUGUUAAUAAGGUACGGGGGACAUAGUGUGUUGGAAGGGAGCGUGGCAGACAUCACCUGCUGAGACAAUGCCCGACCAUCGCAAUUUCUAGUGGAUUACUUGAGUUUUACUGUAACUCUCAAAUUAACGUUGUGUUAGUCUUAGUAAGAAUGUUUGAAAUAAUUCCUGCAUGUAACACAGUGUAGGCAGGGUAAGGCACAGCACAACCUGACUGUAAAACAUAAGUGGUCUGAUUGUGUAGUUGAUUGAUCGAACUGUUGCAUCUGCUGUUGUCCAUCCCUCAGUCUUUGAUGUGCAUUUCUUAUCCAACCAUCCAAAAUGUCCCAAUUAGAAAUUUAGGAUGGACAAGUCCUUUUUACAAUCUGUUGUAUUAGUCUGAAAUAAUUAUAAUCUUUCCACAUUGUAUAUCUUGUAUCAUGGAAAAGCUAAAUCAAAUUAAUUUCAUUUUGUUCAAGGGCUGUUAAAGGAGUGAGUGGGGUGCUCAUAACCUGAGCAACAUUGCUGCCACUGGCCACAGUCACACCACAUCAUGUCCGACCCUACCACCUCAGGUGUUUACGGGCCAGUUUUAAAAACUACAGUGCUUUUGAGUGAAUUUAUGUAAUGAGAGAGUAAAUGAGAGAUGUACUGUGAAGCCUUUAUAUAUCUUUUGUUUCUGUUUGGAGUUGGUUUAACUGUGAAGUUUCCUGGGCAGGUGUGUGUAUAAUGUCAAAUUAAAUAAGUUUAACAACU